AUGAUACCAUCCGAUCCAAGCAAUGUUCCACUUGGAGAGGUAGUUGAGCUGAGAACGUUGCUUUUUGGAGCACUGAGUUACGUAGAAAAUUCUUUGAAUUCUCUUGUAAAUUCUCCAAAAACAUACUCAUCUAAGCUAAAACUUACAGAAAAACUGUACAAAUCACAAAUAGUUUUAGCUCGAUACUUAACUCUCCUCAGAUGGUAUCGAAAAAACAAAAGUAUAUAUCGAUUUUUAUUAUCUAAUAAAACGAAUUCUGAUGGUUCGAUUAAUACUCAAAAAUUCUUAAAGUCAACGCAACAACAGAUUCAGCAAUUACAUAAAAACGAAAGAAUUCAAACAUAUAAGCCAGAUUUAUCGAUAUAUAACUUCAAUCCUCAACCAUCUAAAGAACAAAUACGUUUAUUCUAUGUUAUGUUACUCAUGCGAAAGCCUGCUUCUAGGCGUCUUCGUAAUUUUACACAAGUUUCAAUUAACGAAUUUGCUUUUCCAAAUGAGGAAUAUAUGUUGCAGAUUAAAAUCGAUUCUAGUCAGUUUUUACAGAUAACAAGAGUGGACGUUCUAUGGCCGAAAGAAAUUCCUUCAAAGAAAGAUUUUAUUCGAAAUUCUAUCAGUCCUUACAUCAGACUUGACUUGAAACUAUUUGAACAGCUGAAAGAUCUCGAUAUUUCAUUACACCAUAUAUACUUAAUCGGUCAAUAUUCGCAUUUUGCAAACUUAUUAUUGAAAUAUCAAGAUGAAUUCAAUUUUGUUUUAAAAAGACACGAAGAUUGUAUAUUAAUACAGUUUUUAGGAUACUAUGGCUCUCGUUGUACCUUCGGAGUUUACAUUCGUAACGAAAAUGUCCAAAUUAUCAGUAAAAUUCCAGUUUUAGAGAUCCCGAGUAAUCUUAAAACUGCUGAAAGUAACUUUAGUUCAUCAAACGAUACUCCAAUGAAGUUCAACAGAAAGAUUUUGUCGAUAAAUAUUGGAAAGAAUCCAGAUGUUCAAUCAAUUCUUACGAAAUUACGCGAUACAAUGAUAUUUACUCACAUUCACAACAUAUAUUUCUUGAUUUGCAGAUCCCUCGCUUUUUCUCCUUUUUCAUUAUUCAAAAUCUCUUUAAUAUUUCCGAAUACGAACGUUACGUGCGGACGUAUUUCGAUUAUAUACGCUGGAUUCCCUGUUACAAGUGUCACUUUCUCUUCAAAAACAGGAUGUCCAUCCACCAUCUCAGAAUUUCUACCUGCUGGCAACGUCGCUCAUCUUGCAAAGGCUCUUAGACUUGGUCCUCGUGAUGUUGCCGACUCAAUCAGCGCUCUUGCCAUGAAUCUUUGGUCAUUCAGAGUUAUUCGCAUUGCACAGAACCCGAAAGCCUCUCUUCCGCCUGUUCCAAUACAGAACCUUUCAAGGGCUGCCGCUUUGUCCAUCUGCGUUUCGUAUUCGUUCGCUCAGAACUUCAAAUUGAUCGCAACAAGACUUCCUCAGAAAUUUUUGGUAAAAGUGAUCGAUAAAAACGGUUUUCGCAUUCAAAAUUAUCGAUCAAUUGUAUUUGAAAACAAAGGUGUCACAGAGUUCCAAAAAGUUAAUGAGCACAUUAACAGUUCUAUGUUUUCCAUUUUGCUUCUUUCUCUUGAAGAAAAAAUGAAAGGAACAGCAUUGAACAUUGUCAGAAACGAGAAUUCGAUUGCCGCAACGUUUCAUCCACACAUGUACGUGAAAUUCAAGAUCCACAAGACAGGCAGUUGGAAAUUACACGUUGACAGAAGAACAUUUCCUUUCUUAUCGUUUGGCGGCAUCGUUUUCAUUGGCCAACAAAUAACGAUGAGAUUUGAUGAGUACAUCAUGUAUUUGAUAACUUCUGUACAGUUCAUUGGCUUGUAUUUGAACAGAGUUACAGGUACAUGUGUCGAACUCAAACCAGAUAACAUCACGUACAUCAAUGACUUGAAUUUCUCAAUCAGAGCUGCACAAAUGACUUUGCACAUGAGUUUCGCGGAAAACAAUGAUAAUUACAAAGUUGGAAAUUACGCGCUCGUGUUCAAAGACAUAACAGGAAUUGCUCCAAUCCCUAAUUUCUCAUUCACCCCGCAAUUUCCUCUCAACUUCCCUCUUCUUCCUCUGAAAUAUUCUGUCGCUGAAUCGUUUGGAGCAAUUAUUUCCAGACGAUUAAGUUCGUUAGUUCAAUUCAGAAGAAUUUUCAAUAGAAGAGGAUGGUUGAUAACAAGCAUUGACCCCAACCUCUGUUUCUCAUUGAUAUUCACCAAGCCUCCUUCAACAGCUUUGACGUUGAACAUCCAACUCAAGUCUGUGAGAGAUUUCGCAGUUGUUGUUCCAACAAUUGGUCAAAGCACAAAAUUAAAAUUGCCACUGUCACGUUUUCCGAGAUUAUUCAAGUCCAUUCCUUUGUCGCAUGCAGCUUUCAGGAUCAAAAUGGAGCAGUGUCUCGAGAUGCGCACUUACAUCGAGACAUACAUCAAAGAAGAUGAUUACAUGAGAAUGAGAGGUUUCGUUGGAACAGAAGAAAGCGAUUUCACAAUAAAUUACAGGAAUUCAAAGAACGAUGUAACUGUUCAUCACACUGCAGAAGGUUUCGAAAUCAAUUCGCCAAGAUAUCCGGGACUUAAUGAGUUGUCAAUGUCUUUGGUCGAAUUGAUUUCUGAUCGACAAAUAAGAACUGCAAUCGCAACUCUUUUGAUUGAAUGCGCUUCUUCAAUGGACCAAGAUAUUGCUUCUUUCGUGUUCACAUUGGUAAGUUCAUUGACUCAUAUAAGUGACAAAAUGAACUGGAUUGGAUUGUUUAAAUCCAUUUCAACAAAGAAAGGAGUUUUUCAAUGUAAUGUUAUAUGUGGUCAGCCUGAAUUUACUAUUCUUGCAAAUAAUGCAAAUGGAAUUACUCACUUUCUUGCAAUGAGUGGCAUUAAUACGCUGUUUCAAUGUCAAGACAGUGAAAUUUUCAUGAAUUGGUUUAAUAAUUACGUUAGAUAA